AUGGCGCGAGUUGCCAUCAAGAACAAGGUUCCGGUGAUGGAGACGGACGGACGGACGGUGACGCAAAAGUCUGCUCCUCUACCCGUCGCUGGUGUCCACGCAACUCAUCCUGGCACCCAAACACAAAUUAAUGUUCCAAUCCUUAAUGAAGAUAACCACAAAGAAUGGAAAGAUGCUAUUCUCUUGCAAUUAAGAUUAUUAGAGUUGGAUUACGCUGUUCUCAAUGAGGAACCCCCUGAGGUUACUGAAGAAAGCACUGGCGAAGCCAAGCAGCUUCGCGCACAAUGGGAGAAAUCCAAUGGAUUAUGUGUGCUCUUCAUUAAGUCAAGAAUUUCUAGAAAAAUUCGUUUUUGCUUUGAGGACAUUAAGAAAGCGAAACCCUUGCUCAAAGCUAUCGAUGAUAACUUCAUUGAAUCAAAGAAAGUUUUGGCAAUGACUCUAAUCAUGAAGUUGAGAAAUUUGCGUCUUUCCACUGUCAAGGGAACGCGUGAACACAUUAUGCAACUCAGGGAUAUUGUGGCUCAAUUAAAGGAGUUGGAAAUCAUUCUACCAGAUGAUUAUUUGGUGCUUUUUGCACUUGAUACCCUCCCUCAGGAGUACAAUCCUUUUAAGAUUUCCUACAUCACACAUAAAGAGGACUGGUCUAUCAAUGAGUUGAUAACCAUGUGUGCAAUGGAGGAACAAAGGCUUGUGGCUAAGCUUGGUGGGAGUGAUCGGUUUAAGGACCAGUUCCUUCCUUCGAUCAUAUUGGCUCUCAACCUUCUACGUCAUCUGGUGGGGUUGUACUUAUCCGCAGUGCUCCUUUAG